CUUGGCAUGGAGGAACCUUCAACCUCACUGCCCCAAGUUCUCGACGGUGACAACUCUCUCUGCUCAUCAUUCGCAUAUCGCAUCACCACGACUCAUCUAUUCCACGAAUGUCUCGAUCAUACUUACCAAGACCAUCAAGCCUCUGACCUAACAGACGUCGAAAACAGUCAGUUCUGGAAACGUCAUCGCGAUCUCGACACAAGUCUCGCAACAGCCUUCAUCGCGCUCCCCGAAACGCUACGCGGGUCACAUACCCAAGAAGCCACCACUAUAAACCUACAACUUCACACCGCGUCGAUUUGCAUCCAUCGCGUCGGUGCCGUUCAGGCCAAGAAGCACAGCAUCUCGGCUGACGUACUAUCUAACACACAGGCGCGUCUCGUCCCUUCUGCCGACGCGAUAUUUAACAUCAUCGCUUCACAGCCCGACGUGACAGCCAUGUUCGGCAAACCCCUUGUUACAUUCGCAGCAUACAUGGCGACAUAUGUGUUUCUAGAAGAUUAUGUGUCCGCACAGAAUCGCACCAGCGAGAUGAAAAUGACAGCGCUUAUGGAUCUCAUGAUCACGAUUGGACGUGAGAACCCUGUUACUGCAUCUGCAGCCAUACAAAUGGCGCAUGAAUUACAGAAGACCGGGAUUGAUGCAUCUGCUGUUGACAAGGUCCAAAAUCUUAUGGGGGAGAGGAUUGCAAAAGGGCCGCUUUUGGGACAACAGAAUACGGCCGAGGGCAGCGUGUUGUUCUGUCCUUUCGAGGGACCUUCUGGACCUGCGCCACCUGGCGUACCAAGUGAGAUAUUGAGGGGUAAUCUCAGCGGUUUUCCUUAGCAUUCAAGUGCCUGUCAUUCGCGAAUCAUGAUUCGCUACGGAUAUAACAAAAUCACUUUUGGGUAAUCAUUCGCAUUGCGCAACGUAAACAUGAACACGAGGUGACACCUGUCAAUCAGCGACCAAAUCCAUAUCGGGUAAUCAAUACACAAGGAACUCACAAAGUUGACGCAAGUGGCGAACGACCAAGCAGGGAACUCGAUCCGUGAUAAUGAUUGGCCUGUGACGAAUAAUCAUUGA